AUGCUUUGGGAGUGGUUCACAAAAAUAAUUCCAUGGGCUGGUCUCGGCCUCUUCGAUCGUCUCUCAUCAGCAAUCCUUCAGGGCCAUGCGACGAACCAUUCCUUUCUGAGCAUCACCAACGUCGACGAGGAGGACCGCGCGAUGAUGCUUGGCCCCUGCACGAUGCAGCUGCCCCUGAACCCGCUGAACCCAUUACCCGAAUGGCGACUCCACAGAACGCUCUAG